UUAGUUGUAUCACUCGAACCAUAUCGCGUUCCUUUAUAUCAGAAUAAAAGAAAAGUUUAAUGUUAUUGUCACUAGUGAAGAUCACUGUGUUAAAAUUAAUAUUUAAUACUUUUAAAAUGAAACUCUUAAUAUUAACCAUUUGUUUUUUAAUAGGAUCUGGUGACAUUAUGCCUUUCAAUUUGACGCUGUACAAAAUGCAUAACCCGAUACAACUUUGGCUUAAUAAACAUGAAAAACAAACUGUUGCUAAUUACAACCUCGAUUUGUUACCUCCAUUUGUGACCUCAACUCCUGCAAGUACGACGGACGAUCCAUGCAAAUAUGACCCACCUAAACCAGAUUUCAGGAAACCAGGUCGCAGGAUAAGUGAAGCUAAAUGUUUUGAAUAUAUAUGGGAAAGAACAAACCGAGAAAAUAAAAAUAAAAAGAGCGAUGAAUGUUUAAAAUUAUAUCAAAGUAAGAGCAUGAAAAUUGUACCGUAUAUUACUGUAAUAGGCGGUAGAGAUACAUUCCCUGGGGAAUUUCCACAUAUGGGCGCGGUCGGAUGGAAGGUUUUUCACGGUACAUGGAUAUUUAUGUGUGGGUGCACACUCAUCAGCUCGAAGUUUACCCUCACUGCCGCACAUUGUACAAAAUCACGAAGUGAUUCGAGAUUAGCGAGUCCUAUACCUGAGAUUGUCAGACUUGGGGACAAAAAUAUUAUCGACAUCGCCUACAACUUGAAUGAACCAAUAGACGCUAAAAUUUUGCGAAUAUAUUCACACCCGCUGUAUGCGGCGCCAAAAAGGUAUUAUGAUAUAGCGCUAAUUGAAAUAGCUGAAAUUAGUGAAUUUUCAAAAUACGUGCAACCAGCCUGCCUAUGGAGUAACUUUAGUACUGACGAUCUUGGAACAUCAGCUACUUUAACUGGAUGGGGGGUUGUUGAAACAGCUACAAAAAAAGUAUCUCCGGAAUUACAAGCAGCUGUAGUUGAUAUCGUAGAUUCAGAGCAGUGUGACGAUUUGCUGAGCCCGUUUCGCAGUAGACAUUGGUGUGGAAUUCAGGAGCAUCAGAUAUGCGCCGGGAAACUGGCGGGCGGUGUAGACACGUGUAAGGGUGAUUCGGGCGGACCUCUUCAAAUGAAAAUACCUCUUCCUGAAUCCGACGAAGGGUCAAUACACUAUGUGAUCGGUUUGACGUCAUUCGGCUUUGGGUGCGCUCGAUCCAACCAGCCCGGCGUCUACACCAGAGUUUCCAGUUUUGUUGAUUGGAUUGAGAGUAUCGUGUGGGCUUAGAAGUUUUAAACGUUAAUAAAUAAUUUAAAAUA